AUGCAUCCCAAAGCGCCCGAAAAGACAUCUCCCUCCACCUCCGACUCCAAUGGCCAUGUCAAUGGCAACGGCAACGGCCACGCCUCUACGAAGGGCCACUCCACCUACACCACGACCUCUCCCUCAACGAUCCAGCAGAAGUUUCUUUCCUCCCCCUCCGACCUGGGCGUCGUAUUAGUCGGUUUCUCCGGAGGGCAAUGCAAAGACGGCGUAGACGCCGCGCCCACGGCGUUGGUGCAGGCUGGGUUGCUGGACCAACUGAGCGACGAGUUAGGCUACAAACUCCACGGCGACAGUGAAGUGCAUAACUACAACGAAAUGAAGCCCGCUCACGACGAACCGUAUCGCGGCAUGAAGAACCCACGCGCCGUGUCUGCGGUGACCGAGACCUUGGCAGCACAAGUGUACAAUCAAGCACGACAGGGACGGAUGGUACUGACCUUGGGCGGCGACCACAGCAUCGCGAUUGGCACUAUCGCCGGCACGGCCAAAGCGGUUCGAGAGAGGUACAACGGGCGCGAAAUCGCCGUGAUCUGGGUUGACGCGCACGCUGACAUCAACACCCCUGAGACCUCAGAAUCUGGCAACGUGCACGGCAUGCCUGUCGCGUUCGCCACAGGUCUGGCGACGUCCAAGGAACGAGAUAUUUUUGGCUGGCUCACCGAAGACCAAAGAAUCAGCACCCGCAAACUAGUGUAUAUUGGGCUCCGGGAUGUGGACAAAGGCGAGAAAAAGAUACUGAGAGACCACGGCAUUCGCGCGUUCAGCAUGCACGAUAUUGAUCGCCAUGGGAUCGGGCGCGUCGUGGAACUGGCCCUCGCGCACAUCGGCGCUGACACCCCGAUCCAUCUCAGCUUCGAUGUCGAUGCCCUCGAUCCCAUGUGGGCCCCUAGUACCGGUACCCCUGUCCGAGGAGGGCUGACGCUACGAGAGGGAGACUACAUUGCGGAGUGUGUUCAUGAGACGGGCCAGCUCGUCGCUAUGGAUCUCGUCGAGGUCAACCCCAACCUGGAGGUGGCGGGUGCCUCCGAGACGGUCAGAGCGGGGGUCAGCUUGGUCCGGUGCGCGUUGGGAGAUACGUUGCUUUAA